AUGAAAGCUACUGAUGGAUUCACUUCAUCUAACUUAAUUGGUGUUGGAAGUUUUGGAACCCUGUACAAAGGAAUUCUCUCGGAUGGCGAAAAACCCAUUUCAAUCAAGGUGCUCAAUCUUGAACAGAUAGGAUCUUCCAAGAGCUUCGUGACCGAAUGUGAAGCUUUGAGGAAAACAAGGCACGGAAACGUUCUAAAGAUUAUAACAGCGUGUUCAAGUGUGAACCAUGCAGGUGAUGAUUUUAAAGCACUAGUUUUUGAGUACAUGGCCAAUGGAAGUUUAGAGGACUGGUUGCAUUCAAGAGAAGAUACAUCACACCAAGAACGGAACUUAAGCCUUUCCCAAUGGUUAAAUAUAGCGAUCAAUGUUGCAUGUGCAUUGGAAUACCUUCAUCAACAUUGUGAAACUCCAAUUGUUCACUGUGAUCUAAAGCCAGCCAACGUUCUCAUCAAUGAAGACAUGACUGCCCAUGUGGGAGAUUUCGGGCUUGCCAAGUUCCUCACCGUAAAUAGCAGUAACAGUGAUGGUGGGCAAACAAAUUCACUUUCAAUCUAA